AUGACUUCAUCAAACCUUGCUCAACGCAUUCCUCCCGACUCAUGGGACUCACACAUGCACAUUGUCGAUGUUGAGAAUUACACCCUUGAUGCUUCAGCCAAAUACCGUCCUACCUCUCAUACCCUCGACCAAGCCCUCGCUUUUGAAACUAGCGUUGGGCUUCGAAACAUAGUCCUGGUUCAACCAUCUAUCUAUGGCCUUGAUAACUCAUGUUUGCUCGAUGGUCUUCGCGCCCUUGGUGCUGAGCGUGGAAGAGGCGUUGUUGCUAUUGACCCUGAGUCGUUCAACGCAGAUGAACUACGUUCAUGGCAUGAAUUGGGCGUCCGUGGAGUGAGACUGAAUAUUCUCUCAAAUGAACUUGCAAUUGAUGCGGCUGAGUUGGAGCGUCAACUGAUGCUUUACGCCGAUGCCGUGAGACCAUUGGGGUGGGUCGUCCAAGUCUACGUUCCUAUGGAUAUGGUUACUCUCCUCGAACCUAUCAUCCCAAAGCUGAAUAUCAAGUUCUGCAUAGACCAUCUUGGACAUCCACCUCUCAAGAAAUACGCAGGUGCCGACCCAUAUGAUAUACCAGGCUUCUCAUCCCUCAUCAACUUACUCAAGACCGGCCAGACAUAUGUCAAGCUGUCGGCCGCUUACCGGAUGAGCACACUCCCUGACUACAGCGACUUGGAUCCCAUCGCUAAGGAGGUCAUUCGAGUUGCUGGAAAGACUCAUGUUGUUUUUGCAACUGAUUGGCCUCAUACUAGGUUUGAGGGACUGGAUAUCAAGCCGUGGAUGGAGAGAGUGCUGGGAUGGUGCGGUGAUGAUGGGCAUCUCAAAGAGCGGCUGUUCAGAGGAAAUGCGGAAGAUUUAUGGGAUGUUCAGAGGCCAUCGAGGAAGGCGGACCAGUGA